UCGUUCGGGUCAGAUAACCAGUUUUGAAAAAGAAAACAGAAUACUAAUUAAUAUAAUUAUCACUAACCAAAACGCUCAACAUCUAUAAAAGAAUAAAAAAAUUAUGAAACAAAAAAAAAAUCAUAUUCAAAAGGUAUGGAAGCAGCCUUUUGUCCUCCUCAACAAAUUAUUUGCAUUGCCUAAUUCCUCGAAUUGUCAUUUGACUUGGUCGGAAAUCCCUACAAUCGCACGUCUUUAAAUGCUUGGACGAAGUAGGCAACAUCUCUUCCUCACACACAAACAUACAUUUUAAGAACUACAAACAAAAACGAUUAGGAGCGCUAGCCAAUAUUAUCAAACACCUAGAAAAAGAAGUACAAGUUCUAAACACGACCAAAUAAACUAGCUAAUCUCUAACUAAAUAUAGUUAAUUAGCUAGCAAUGACUAAGCUACUCAUUACUCUUGCAAUCCUUUCCCUCCUCUUUUCUCUCCUGCCAUCUCCCACCGCUGCAGCGGGCGGGAGGUGGCAGCUCCUGCAAAAGAGCAUCGGCAUCCCCGCCAUGCACAUGCAGCUGCUCAACAACGACCGCGUCGUCAUCUUCGACCGCACAGACUUCGGCCGCUCCCAACUGUCACUGCCGGACGGAAAAUGCCGCAAUGACCGGUUUGACACUGCGCUGAAGGUCGACUGCACCGCCCACUCCGCCGAGUACGACGUCACGUCAAACACCUUCCGGGCCCUCACCGUCCAGACCGACGUCUGGUGCUCCUCGGGAGCAGUCAUGGCGGACGGAACCCUCAUCCAGACAGGCGGCUACAACGACGGAGAACGCCGCGUCAGGGUCUUCAAGCCUUGCGACGGCCGGACCUGCGAUUGGCAGGAGAUAGACCUCGGAUUAUCAGCUAAAAGAUGGUACGCCACCAAUCAUAUUCUGCCGGGCGGCAGGCAGAUCAUCAUCGGCGGGAGGAGACAGUUCAACUACGAGUAUUAUCCCAAAGACACCGAUAAGAACGUCCACAAUUUGCCAUUCUUAUCGGAGACAAACGACAAAGGAAUAGAGAACAACCUUUACCCUUUUGUGUUUCUAAAUACCGAUGGAAACCUCUUCGUUUUCGCCAACAACAGAGCCAUAUUGUGGAACUACGCGAGGAACCAAGUGGUGAAGAGAUACCCACAAAUACCCGGCGGCGAUCCGAGGUCUUAUCCGAGCACCGGAUCGGCCGUGCUUCUGCCAUUGAAGAAUAUCCAAGCAAGGAACGUUGAGGCCGAGGUUUUGGUGUGUGGUGGGGCUCCGAAAGGGGCUUACGUCCAAGCAGCAAGGAAAAAGUUCGUAGAGGCGUUAAAAACAUGUGCUCGGAUCAAAAUAACUGACCCGAAACCCAAUUGGGUAGUGGAAAACAUGCCUAGAGCUAGAGUCAUGGGUGACAUGGCGUUGCUACCAAACGGUCACGUUUUGAUAAUUAACGGAGCCGGGUCAGGAACCGCCGGGUGGGAAAACGCCAUUGACCCGGUUUUGAACCCAGUACUUUAUCGGCCUGAUAACAAAGCCGGGUCACGGUUUGAGGACGAAAACCCGACCACAACACCUCGGAUGUACCAUUCCACGGCAGUGCUUCUACGCGAUGGGAGAAUUCUUGUGGGUGGUAGUAAUCCUCAUGUGGGUUACAACUUCACAGGAGUGACUUUCCCGACGACAUUGAGCUUAGAAGCAUUUAGUCCUAAUUAUUUAGAGGCAAAGUUUUCAAAUGUGCGUCCAAGAAUAUUAUUGCCCACGUCACAUACUAAGGUCAAGUACGCACAAAAGCUAUUUGUUCGGUUUAGGAUUGGAGGAAAUGUGGCACAAAAUUUGGUGUCAGUGACAUUGGUAUCACCGUCGUUUACCACUCACUCUUUCUCUAUGAAUCAAAGGCUUUUGGUACUUCCAAGAGGUCAAAUACGAAGUUUAGGAAAAAAGACGUACCAUGUUGAGGUUGCUAUGCCUCGUUCCGCUAUCCUUGCUCCGGCGGGGUAUUAUUUGUUGUUUGUGAAUCAUCAAGAAAUUCCAAGCGAGGGUGUGUGGGUCCAACUCAAUUAAGACUAACAUAUAAUAUAAUAAAAUAUAUAGAUUGUACACUUUCUUUGUUGUUUGGGUUUGUAAUUAUAUAUACUCCCUUCGUGAUUGUUUGAACAUCAUAAACGACCGAAAGUUGUAUUUAGACAUGUUUUGUAUAUAUGCUGAAUAAUCGAAUAAAAUCAAGAAGAUUCUCUAA